CACAGCAUGGGGAUGUAUGGUCCCUCCGCCAAAUGUCACCACGAGGAGAGAAGGUGCUGUGACGAGAACAACGCGGAAGUGAAUUGUCAACAGUCCAAAGAGCCGCUGAAAGAAACUAUCCUCCGUCCAGACACGAUGGCAGAGGGAAAGUCUAAAUGUUGUGCUGAUUGUUCCUAUUAUAUCCUCAAAUUCAUGCUGUUCUUCUACGCCUGCUGUUGGUGGCUAAUAGGCGGAUGUAUCCUGGGUAUUGGCAUCUAUGCAGAAGUAGAGCGACAGCAGUACAAGACACUGGAGGGUGCGUUUCUGGCCCCAUCUAUAAUCAUGAUCCUACUGGGCAUCAUCCUAUUUGUUGUUUCAUUCAUUGGAGUCUUGGGUUCCCUGAGGGAUAAUAUAACUCUAUUGAAAGAGUUCAUGUACACCCUGGCAGCGUGUCUGCUCCUGGAGCUGGUCGGAGCAAUCUUGGGGCUGGUGUUUCGCAACCAGGCGGAACGUUUAUUGAACAAGAACAUUCGAAAGGGCAUAGUAAACUACUACGAUGACUUGGACUUCAAAAACAUCAUGGACUACGUUCAGAAUAGGUUUAAGUGUUGUGGAGGUGAAGAAUUUAAAGACUGGAAAGUCAACAUGUACCACAACUGUAGUGCGCCCGGUCCGUUAGCCUGCGGUGUCCCAUAUACCUGCUGUGUUACUACUAAGAAUAAUGAAGUGCCCAACACUAUGUGUGGGUACAAGGCCCUAGAUGACAAGCAUCAACCACUGCCUGACAUCUAUACCAGAGGCUGCACCGGUGCAUUCAUUUACUGGCUGCUGGACAAUUAUAAGAUUAUGAUCAUACUUCUGUUUUUGAUCCUAGUGCCUCAGUUCUUCGGUAUGCUAGUCACCCGGAUAUAUAUCACUCGUGUUGAAGACAUAAGUAAUGAGUACGCUGAACCCACCAAAGAUGCACUACGUCAGAAAGGUCACUUGGACAAAUGGUUCAAAUGUAUGCCAGAAUGGGACUGACAGAAAACUGCAAGUAGCAAAGAGAUCUGAUGUUCAACUGUGCUUCUUUUUUUUUUUUUUUUAGCGUCGCUUGUUUUACUUACUUUUAACAACUUUGUUGAAAUACAGUGUACUAAUGGAUGAGUGGAAAAUACUCGUUUAGAUAUGAGCUUUUAACUGCAAUGUGGCUAGCACGGUCUCAGGGAUAAAGACAAAAUACAAAACAACCACUUUUGUUUCUUUCUUUUAUAUGAAAUGAGUCUUUUCCAGUGCAACACACAAUCACAGUUCGUGGCGUUGCCUAAUUUUGAUACUUUUCUACCCCUGUUUCUUCUGUUGAUUAAACCAUUGCUUGACCUUUCUAAAUAAUCAAUGCUGAAUCGGCAUUGAAGUGCUGGUAUGCAUAAAAAUGGUCUAAAAUGACUUUUUUUUUUUUUUGCUUAUUUGUUUGUUGCUUAAAAACAGCUGGUCAGUUUGCCUUAUUUGUAUCUCCUGAUGUGUCCAGGACAAGUGUUACCUAUGAUGCUCAGAUGUAUUACAGAUAUUUUAUUAAAGAAAAAAAACCUUUAUUAUGAAAUACAAUUUUGUCAGUGGGAACACAAAAAAAAUAUGAAUCUUAGUAAAGUGGCAAUGCUAUAACCGACUAUCUCAGGGUGCCUAUAAGCAGCAACCUUGUCUUUUAGAAAUUGCCACUGCAUGCCAGUUUGAAUACUGCUGUUAGUAGACUUGCAUGUAGUAUGUAUCCUACUCCUUAUUUGUGUAGUGGCUGGCAAUCAGCACAGUACAACUGUCUUCAAUCAAACAAUUGUGCAGUGGAAAUGACGAUUUGUGAUUGACAUGUUAGUCAUGAUUGCAUGUUUUCAAGCUGUCUUUUCACAGAAUAGUGAAGUUAUAAAAGCAGCACUUUAGAUCUGCUGUGGCCAAAGCUGUGGACGUGGCACAAAUUUUGUUUCCUGUAAUUUGGCUCUUGACUUUUUUUAUUUAGCUUAUUUUUUACAUGUUUCUGUGAUCUAAUGAAGACAAAUUUGGGGCGUUUUAUAAUUUUCAAAGACUUUUAUUGGCAAAUAAAUCAGAUUUAUGUAAACAGUGCCUGUUUGCAGUGUUGACCCUUCUUCGUAACAGCUCCCUCGGGCAUGCUGAAUAUCAGUUUCUGAGUUCAUGAGUAUGCUUCUGAUCACUCUGCGAAACAGUAUACGAUCACUGUGAACUGCCAAAAUUGAAGCAGUAAAUUGUAUGAAGUAAGAUAUUUGUGCCACUGCCAACAACAACAAUCACAUGAUGCCUAACAACAAGUUCAAAGGGAACAAUACAGAGAUAUUUCCCACUGACUAUUGUUGUGUGGAAAGAUGUAACAGGAGUAGUAGUGUGGCCUUGUUAUUUAGACAGAGCAUCAUUACAGCAGAGCUAUAAGUGCAACUCACUCAAUAAUGAGUGUGGGUGUAGAAGUAUACAACGUGAGGUAUAGCAACGUUUAUUUACCACUAUUUACCAGCAGUGAACCUCAAACUUCACAACCUAUGGAAAGCUGACUGGUAACCACACACACCCACUUUGUAACUACUGUCUGGUGGUGUGUAUGUACUCUGUCGUAUGGGGGUUUUAUUAUGUGUUACAGUUAUUUUAUACUCUUUACUGUGAGGAUGUGUUUAGAGAGAAUCAGUUUCGAUAUAAAGCGACAACAGCUUCUAGCAUUAAGGAAAUUAUUUUUUUAUGAUUUGAUGCAUUUAAAAAUGAAAACUAUUUUUAGUUACAUGGAUUUAAUUACAUUAAUGUCACUCAAUGUGCUUCGUUUGUCUGCCUCAUUAAACUAACGGUGCUAAGGGAACUAUUUUGGCUAAUUAGUUUGUUUUGGAAAUUUGAUUGAAACUGUAAUUUAAGUUACAAAUAAAAAUAUAUUGACCCAGUUCACCGUCAAUGUGAUAUAACAAUAUAUAUGGGUAGUUCUGUUAUUUUCAUAUUCAUUAUUUGUCACUGGUUGUAUAAAUAUGUACAAAGGUGGUCUCAGCUCCAAAGUUUAUACAAUGUUGGAAAGACUGCACAACAUAAUUUGAAAGUAUGUUUUUGAAAUGCUUUGUUGGGUUUAGGUUGGAAAAUAAAAUGAUUAAAA